AUGAGCGUGGCACAUGACCCGACCGAUGAUGAGGAUUAUCUCGGCCUCGCCGACUUCGUAUACGACGUAACGUUCUAUUACAAAAUCCAUCAUGUGGUGUGCGUCUUCGGUCUCGUCAACAGCAUUCUCACCCUGUUCGUUCUCCGGGCAUCGUACGCGAUGCCCAACCCGGACUCUCCAGCCCUCGUUCUUCUUCGGCACUCAGCCGUGGCAAACAUGCUGACAUUCAUGUUCGAACGGAGCUUUCUCGACUUCGAGUAUUACUUCGGCCUCUACAUCUCAUCCGCAUUGGAGGGCCCCUUGUGUCAUGCUUUAGUUCACAUCAGUCAGACGGGACUGAUCGUCCAUUAUCUUCUGGCCGGCUUAUUUUCCCUUCAUCAAUAUCUGUGCGCCAUGCACAGCUCCUCAAAAUGGACACGGUUCAUGCGGAAACGGUUCUCGCGCCUCUGUGAAUGGGUUUGGUGCAUCGGAUUGCUGCUUGCUCUGCCCUCGUGUUGGACAGUUACCAUGAGUGGUAACGGUCACUGCUUCGGAGUUCCCCUCGGUGUUUGGUACCGCUCGAUACUGAUCGAUAUCGGAGUAUUUUGCCUACUGGCGGUUCCAGUCCUCUUGCAACUUCGGUGGCUUGUGCGAUCGAACACCCUCCUGUCAGCGAUGCUCACGAUCUGGAGAUCGAACCGGUUGUCUAUGUAUUUUGUGUUGAAAAGUGUAUGCUGGGUGUUCCCGUGUUGGCUCAUCAUCGAAUUCCACGCGAGAUUCUACAAAGGUAAAACCCUCCUCCCCGACUUCGUCCUGAUGGCCUGCGAAACGUACUUGAUGAGCUUCGGCGUAGAUUUUAUCUUCUUCUGUGUGUUCGCCGAAGAAUUCAGACUUCUCCUCCCGAAGAUCAACUAG